CCUCUUUCCUAUUGCGUAUUCAUUGGGUCAACACGUGUUAAAAGCGGUACGCUAAAAUUUUAAUUUUUUAAAAAACACACCACAGUAUGCCACAGUCACCAACAAUAAAAUUUAUUAAUAAUUUUUGAGUCUUACACGUGUUAUGCAAUCUUGACCGCGAGUAUCGGAGUACACCGACUUCGCAUCAUAUCGUCGAAAAAUGUUUAUUUACUGCUCGAUAGCUCUGAUGUGUUCUGUUUGACGACUAAAAAUAAUUACGUUCAUAGGAAUGUUUUAUUUGAUUUGGUAACAUAAUGACCCUAGCCAUUGUGCCACGCGGCUGGAUUUCGAUAAAUAUAAAAAAUUGUAGUCUUGAAGGUCAUGAUUUUUAUUUACAGCUCUGCAACUGAUUUUUGCGUUUUCAGUAACAAAGUGGAUAGUUUUGGGAAUUUGGCCGGUUGGUACCAAAGUCUAGUUUGUGUCAGUAAUGAAAAAUGCAAGGACGUUGCAACGAGCGAGUGUCAAGGUCGCAGUCAUGCGUAUCGAAAACGUGGGAACACGAACGCGAACUUUUAUCAUUUCCAAGUAGCGACGUGUAGUCAGCAUAUCGAUUAUUUGUGAACUCAUUUAUUCCGUACUUUUCCCUAAGUAGAUAAUAGUACUAAGGCGGUAGUAAAUUUUACACGUCUGCACGCACAGUUACUUGGGGAAUCACAGAUCUAUACGUUCCCACCAUCAGUGUAAUCAUCUGGAGUUCAUCGAAUUUGUGACACUAUGGAGAUGAGUGAAGAGGAGUGGAAAGAGUGCGUUAAAAAACACGGUUUCGGAUUCAGUGACGGCGAGGAAGACAGCGAUACGGAAUCCAAAUUAGUUUUAGAUAACUUAUAUGAGGCUUUCAAGCCUCCGCCCAUUUUGAUAGAUCCUGAAAAACACAAAAUAAUAGAAAUAGGCGGAUAUGACAGUGAUGAUACCGCGACUUGUACAGACUUUUCGGAAAAAAGUGAAACCACAAACAAGGAGAAACGUCAGAAGCUAACGAAAAGCCAGAAAAAGAGAAGACGGAGACGAUUAUUGAAAGAAAAUUCGCACAAAAUUACAGACGAAGAAAUAAACAACUGUAGAGUAACGGUAGUUUCAAAGAACAAAAGCGAAUGCUGUGUUAAUAAAAAUAAAAAUAAGAAAGAUAAUAACGAGCGAUUAAAACAAGAUACACCAAAAAUAGAACAUAUCGCAACCGACGUAGCCAGUAGCAGUUCAGAAUUCGAGGAAAAGCCUCCACUACCAAAUGGAACAAGUGCUCUUAAUAACAAUCCUACAACUCACAUAAGUGCCUACCAAAUGCAACAAAAUUUUCUCUGCACAAUGGAUAUUAUGCUCAGACAACUACACAUUAUAAUAAACACCAACCCUACGGAUUCGCUAAAUAUAUUCUCCAACGUUCAACUUUGUCUAAAGACUGUCGAAAAUUUUGGCGUCCACCGAAAGCCCAUUAAAUGUGUUGCCGUCCUUAUAACAGAAACCGCAGCCCGGUUCAAAAAAUUUCUUAACAAUGUGCAAUCAAACGGCCAAGCAGGAAUUCCUUUCCAGGUGAAUGAAUUUUUCUAUGAUAUGAAUACAAUAAUUUUGGUCACUGUGACCAAACACCACGGCUUUAAUUUACCUGAAGUAAUGAAUACGCUUGAAAAUCUCGUCUUUGUGAGCUUUAACAAUGUCUUGACAAAUCUUUGUGAAAAAAUGGUCAGUAUUAUUUAUCAUGUGACAGGGAUUGCUUCCAGAAGCCCUUUUAAACACUUUGUGUUGUAUCCAGGGACGGUGUGGGAAAGCUAUUAUGAUAUGCUUCAUUUCAUAAAUUUGGCGAAGAGCAUCCAGCACUCACGGAUUAAUUCUGAAAAAGGACAGGUAGUUAGAAGUGUAUGCGAAAAACCACCCUCUGUAGUUGUGCCACAAGGAUCAACUAAGAGUUUUUUAAGCGAAAGAUCUACAGUGCAGUCGUCACCACAAUGUCAGUCACAGCUAGACCCGAUUUUAGUUGACGAUUUGACAAUAAACAGGCGUUUUAUGUAUGAUGGGAGCUUCUCUGGAUCAAAUUUCCAAAAUUUGUACUCCAACAAAAAGUUACUUCAUGUGGAUUCGUCUUGUAAUACAAUUGCCAAAACUAAGCGCACCACAGUAUUAGAUAUUUCAAGUUUUGCUCAGUUGUGCCCACCUGACAAUUUGACCAGAAGUGGUAGCUAUUUAAGACCAAAUUUUCAAUUCCGGAACGAUUUCCAAAAUGUGUAUCAUUUUUUGCCGGUUUUGGAAGUCCCGGUUAAAAUGUUGAAUCAAGUACAAUCACGAAAAUUAGUGAAUGAAAAUUUGAUUCAAAGUCGGAACAAGAUGCGUCCUGAAGAUGAUCAAGAUUUGGCAAGUAGUGAAAAGUUGCAACAGUCACUAGGGGUUUCUGCGAUAUUUAAGGAAUUAAGUCCUAUAGAGGUUCCUCUCUCGUGGGCGAUGACAACCUGUGAUUUUAGAAUUCUAAUAACCAGUGUUAUUUUUUUACUAUUUUUUAGAAAGAUAUUGUACUGUGUUUUUGUUGUUUUCAGUUGCAUAGAUAUUUUUAUGCUCAUUCUUUUACUUCUGUAUUUUUGUACUUACUUCGUUAUUAAGUUUUAAAAUGACAUUGAGUUUGAAUUUUCUUA